AUGGCGACAGUUCAGGAGGAGCUCCGUUUAGCUGGAUUGCUUUGUGAUGCAUUUCUGAAAGUUCAAGACGUUGAAUUUCAAAUUCACAAAAUUAUCUUGUGUGAAUGUUCACCAUACUUCGAAGCUCUUUUCGUUAAGAGAUCCAGCCCAAACCAGAGGGACUAUGUCAUUGAUGGCGUCACUCCUGUGAUUAUGGAGCUUAUUAUCCAGUUUGCAUACACAGGCUCUGUUCCUGUGACAAUGGACAAUGUGCAGGACCUCAUGGUCACGGCUAAUCAUUUUGAAAUAAUGGACAUUGUACAAACCUGCAGCCAUGCACUGGAAGAACAGCUCUGUCCAGAGAAUUGCAUAAGCAUUUGGCAGUUCACAAAAAACUAUUGUUUCUCCAAGCUAGAAUUUCAAGUCCAACGCUAUAUUCUGUAUCACUUUGAAGAAGUGGUUUCCAGUAGUGCAGGGCAAUUGAUGCAGCUCAGUGUCCAUGAAUUUGUGCAUUUCCUCAGCAGAGAUGACCUUAUUGUAAGGACAGAGAGAACUGUGUAUGAGGGCAUUAUGAAAUGGAUCACCAAUGACCCCCAUCAACGAAAAGGACACCUCUGCUCUCUAAUUUCAAAGAUGCGACUCUGUAUGAUGAGCUCGACUGACAUCAUGAAUGUGCUGCUGUCCAACGACCUAGUGAAGAAGGACUCUCAGUGCCGGGCCAUGGUCACCAGAGUCUCCAGAAUCCUGCGUUACCUCAACAAUCACCAUGCUGGUGACAUCUUCUCAAACCCCUUUGCUCGACCGCGUCAACCAAAUGCCAUUCUGGUGGCCAUUGGAGGCCUUAAUGAAGCAAACGUCAUCUUAAACAUUGAUGCAUAUGACAUCCGGGUCAACCGUUGGUUCCAGUUAACAGCCCCUUUAGAAUCCCCUCGUUAUUGCCACGGCACCGCCUUCCUGAAUGGAUAUAUUUAUGUCAUUGGUGGCUCGGACGGAAAUGAGCAGUUGAACAGUGUGUGCAGGUUUAAUCCCAUCAUGAAAGUUUUUGAAGAAGUGGCACCGAUGCAUUUUUGUCGUGUCUUUGUCAGCGUGACUGUGCUGAAUGGGCUCAUCUUUGCCAUGGGAGGCUCUGAUGGGCAGAUGUGUCACAGAUCUGCAGAAUACUACCUGCCCGAGAGCAACCAGUGGACCCUCAUAGCACCCAUGCAUGAAAGGAGGGGUGCCGCCAGUAGCACAGUCCUCCACGAGAAGAUUUAUAUUUUUGGAGGAAGCAAUGGGAGGGACCCUCUGCAAAGCGCUGAAUGUUACAAUCCACAAACCAACCAGUGGACAAGGAUUUUUGACAUGAGUAUUCCCCGCGAUGGAUGUGCAGCUGUUGCUCAUAAGAAUCUCGUCUAUGUGGUUGGUGGCUUUGAUGGCAACGAACAUCUGAGCAGUGCUGAGGUCUAUCAUCCAUUGACCGACAGCUGGGCCGUCCUGCCGUCCAUGGGAAGCAGGCACACCGCCCCUGGCAUCGGAGUACUUGAUGAUCGCAUCUUUGUGGUUGGGGGUUUCGACGACCGCAUUCACACCAUCCGUGCUGUGGAGUGCUUUGAUCCGAUGUUGAAUCUGUGGUCUGAUGUCCGGGACUUGUAUGACUCUUGUGCUGCAUUGAGCUGCUGUGUGAUUCACGGACUCCCCAACAUGGAGGACUACACCUUCAAUCGAGACAGCCUGCCAUUUAUUCAGGUAGACGCAGAAAUGGAGGAUCGGGAAGAGUAA